GAUCUCUGUGCCUCGGCACCUUGUGUCCAUGGAUUAUGUGUGGAUACGCUGUUCGCUCGGCGUUGCGUCUGUGAUGAAGGUUGGACGGGAGAGAACUGCGAUGUGAACAUCGAUGACUGUGCUUCACAACCCUGCCAAAAUGGCGGAACAUGCACUGAUGAGAUCGCUGGAUUCUCCUGUUCAUGUCCAGCCGGCUAUCGAGGGUACACUGUCAACAUUUGGUCGAUCACUGUGCAACAUCUCCCUGUAGGAACAAUGUCAUGCGAGGAUGGCAUCAAUUCGUUCAGCUGUGUGUGCAAGCCAGGUUAUAGUGGCGAGUUCUGUGAGACGCGAAUUGAUCAGUGCGCAUCAUCGCCAUGUAUGAACAAUGGAACGUGCUAUGACGAAGGUGGAUCGUACCGA